AUGAGCUUCGAGCACCGCAGGGACUGGAGCCGCGGCGGAGGAGGGGGCCCCCGGCCUUCCUCCUCCUCCGCGGGGGGACACGAAGGCCGAGGGGGCCGGGGGCGGCAUCCCAGUCACCUCAAGGGCCGCGACAUCGGGCUGUGGUACGCGCGGAAGCAGAGCCAGAAAAGCAAAGAGCCCGACAGGCAGCAGAGAGCUGUUGUGCGUAUGGAUGAACACAGGGAAGAACAGAUUGUACAGUUGCUGAAUACUGUCCAGACUAGAAAUGAAAAAGAACAAGAAACUGUGUCAUGGUGGUCCGGUGAGGAAGAAGGUCAAGAGGUACCUGUAGAGAAACCAGCCUUGGCAAAGACUUCUGUAAAGCGGAGGCCAAUUUUGGAGAAAACAUUCCUAGAUCGAGAUUCAGAAUAUCUCUUUCAAGAAAAUGAGCCGGAUAUUGAUUUGAAUGAGAAAUUCAGAGAAGAGUUAAGAAAGAAGAAAUUUGAUCCUAGAUACAUUGAAAUGCAGAGAUUCCGAGAGAAACUUCCUUCAUAUGGGAUAAGAAGGGAACUGGUAACUGUGAUAAAUAAUAAUCAGGUGACUGUGAUCAGUGGUGAGACUGGUUGUGGAAAGACUACACAAGUUACUCAGUUCAUUCUGGAUGACUAUAUAGAGAGAGGGAAAGGAUCUGCUUGCAGAAUUGUAUGUACCCAACCCAGGAGGAUCAGUGCUAUCUCAGUGGCAGAGAGAGUUGCAGCUGAAAGGGCAGAAGUGUGUGGUAAUGGCAAGAGUACAGGAUACCAGAUUCGUCUCCAGAGUCGGUUACCAAGGAAACAAGGUUCCAUUCUGUACUGUACAACAGGAAUCGUCCUACAGUGGCUCCAAUCAGACAAGCAAUUGUCCAGUGUUAGUCAUGUUAUUCUUGAUGAAAUCCAUGAAAGAAAUCUUCAAUCAGAUGUCUUAAUGACUAUUAUUAAAGAUCUUCUAAAUGUUCGACCAGAUCUGAAAGUAAUACUGAUGAGUGCUACUUUGAAUGCUGAGAAAUUUUCAGAAUAUUUUGACAAUUGUCCCAUGAUCCAUAUACCUGGAUUCACUUUCCCUGUUGUGGAAUAUCUUUUGGAAGAUGUAAUUGAAAAGUUAAGAUAUACUCCAGAAGAUACAGAUUACAGACCACGGCGGAAGAAGGGCUUUAUGCAAGGACAGAUAAGCAGACCAGAAAAGGAAGAGAAAGAAGAAAUCUAUAGAGAACGAUGGCCAGAUUAUCUAAGGCAGCUGCGAGGAAGGUAUUCAGCAGGUACUAUAGAUGCGUUAGAAAUGAUGGAUGAUGACAAGAUUGAUCUUGACCUUAUAGCUGCACUUAUCAGACAUAUUGUCCUAGAGGAGGAGGAUGGUGCAAUACUGGUGUUUCUCCCAGGCUGGGACAAUAUUAGCACUUUACAUGACCUCUUGAUGUCACAAGUCAUGUUUAAGUCAGAUAGGUUCAUUAUUAUACCUCUGCAUUCACUGAUGCCUACUGUUAACCAGACACAGGUUUUUAAAAAGACCCCUCCUGGAGUACGGAAAAUUGUAAUUGCUACCAACAUUGCAGAGACUAGCAUUACCAUCGAUGAUGUGGUAUACGUUAUAGAUGGAGGAAAAAUAAAAGAAACUCACUUCGAUACGCAGAACAACAUUAGCACAAUGGCAGCAGAGUGGGUUAGUAAAGCUAAUGCCAAACAAAGGAAAGGUCGAGCAGGAAGAGUCCAGCCGGGUCACUGUUAUCAUCUAUAUAAUGGUCUACGUGCCAGCCUACUGGAUGAUUAUCAAUUACCGGAAAUCCUAAGGACACCUUUGGAAGAACUUUGUUUACAAAUCAAGAUUCUAAGGCUUGGUGGAAUUGCUUAUUUUCUGAGUAGGCUAAUGGAUCCACCAUCUCGUGAAGCUGUGAUGUUGUCCAUAAAUCAUCUAAUGGAACUGAAUGCUUUGGAUAGACAAGAAGAACUGACUCCAUUAGGUGUCCACUUGGCACGAUUGCCAGUUGAGCCACAUAUUGGAAAAAUGAUCCUCUUUGGAGCUCUAUUCUGUUGCUUAGAUCCAGUACUCACAAUUGCAGCCAGCCUCAGCUUCAAGGACCCCUUUGUGAUUCCACUGGGCAAAGAGAAAGUAGCAGAUGCUAGAAGAAAAGAAUUAUCAAAGAAUACUAAAAGUGACCAUCUAACUAUUGUGAAUGCUUUUGCGGGCUGGGAAGAGGUCCGGCGACGUGGUUUCAGAAGUGAAAAGGACUAUUGCUGGGAGUAUUUUCUCUCUUCAAAUACACUUCAGAUGCUGCUUAACAUGAAAGGACAGUUUGCUGAACAUCUCCUUGCGGCUGGGUUUGUGAGUAGCAAAAACCCCCGAGAUCCCAAAUCUAAUACCAACUCAGAUAAUGAGAAGUUACUCAAAGCAGUCAUCUGUGCUGGUUUAUAUCCAAAAGUUGCAAAGAUCCGUAAAAGCUUUAGCAAAAAGAGAAAAAUGGUGAAAGUUUGCACCAAGACAGAUGGAACAGUUAACAUUCAUCCUAAAUCUGUUAACGUGGAAGAGACAGAAUUCCAUUAUAACUGGCUUGUGUAUCAUUUGAAGAUGAGAACUAGCAGUAUUUACCUGUAUGAUUGUACAGAGGUCUCUCCAUACUGUCUUUUGUUCUUUGGAGGAGAUAUUUCCAUCCAGAAGGAUAAAGAUCAGGAUACCAUUGCAGUGGAUGACUGGAUUGUCUUUGAGUCUCCAGCAAGGAUAGGAAAUCUAGUUAAGGAUUUAAGAGGAGAACUGGAUGACCUUCUACAAGAAAAAAUUGAAAACCCACACCCUGUGGACUGGAAUGACACUAAAUCCAGGGACACUGCAGUGCUGACUGCCAUUAUAGACCUAAUCACAACACAGGAGAAUGAAAGUCCCAGAAACUAUGCCCCUCGAUUUCAGAAUGAACGUUACAGUUGACACUAUUAUAUUGGUGUUUGAGAAGAUGACAAUUUCACUAGUUUCCUUUUAUUUUAUAGCUUUUUGUCUAGCUAGAUGAAAGACUUUUUAGGGCAACUCAGUAAUUCCACUCGUAUUGAAGAGCAGUUAAUUUCAGUAGUUUAUAAUGGCUGUAGGUGCAUGGCAUCCAAUGUUUAAUGCAGCUUUUUAAAUAUGACAGUGCAAUGCUGUUGGUGUCCAUUAGUGUAUGUGGUUUAUUUUGUCCUGUCUAUACUUGGCUUCUUUAUAACUGUAACUCUUUUUCAAGGAAAAAGGUGUGUAAAAUUCAAAAUAUUGUGUUAUAUUGUACUAUCUAAUUCAUCAGAUGUUUUGCUGUCCAUGGAAAAUGUCACAUUAAGGUUUUUGGGGAAAAGUAAUCAGGUCUAGUAGUUAUCAAAAGGGGUUCAAACCAAGCAGCAUCUUUCUUUCAAAACUUUCAACUGAAAGUAACUAUAUUCAUAUUUAAAUAUAAACUACGUUCAAUUUCUAGGCAAAGCAGCUAUUAAAGUGUACAGUGGUAAGAAUCAAAAUAAUCUUCAAAACUUUUCUCCCUCCUUCAUCCCAAUUAUUCCAUCACUCUUGCUUUUCCUUUUGUACCCAGUGAUCAGUAUUGACUGAAAUUUCAGAAUAAGGCAGUGCCUUAUCGUAGAUAAAAAUCAUGGCAGGAAUAAGCUGUGCAGGAUUAGUUACAUUCUAAAUUUUCCUGUAGAAACUGGAGUAAAUGUUUUUUUGCUAAAGCUACACUUGUUAUAUUACUAGUUGUGUUUCAUGUUUGAAUGCAAUAUGCUAUUUGAAAUUCCUUUUGUGACUCCUCCCUUAAGUGAUGACACAUUUGCCUUCUUUAGGAUUUAGCACAUCCUCAUAUGUUGGGUUAGGGAAUUCCAAGCCUUAACUUGAAGAAAAUUGACCUAAAACAGUGUAUCAGUCUUUAGUCUCAGUUAAUUUUUUAAAAAUGUAAAUCCUACACAACAUAUCCUUACCUAGUGGGAUGUAAGGAUUUGCAUUAACUCUCUAACAUGACAGAUAAACAUGUCUACCUUUUGGAUUGUUGCCAUCAUGAAAGAAAUCUAACUUAUUGGAAGCCUUACUUUUUCCACUUACACUAUAUACAAAAAGUACUCAUAUUAAACUCCGGGUGCCCUGACAUCCAUUUAAAAAACAUGCAUUACAACAAUUAGCUUGCCACAAUAGAUACACAAGGGAGACUUAAAGAGGUGCGGGGAGUGUCCGCUCUCACUACUCAAUCUCACAAAUCACCCCUCUGCUGCUGGGAGUACUCCCUGAAGGUUGAUAAACUGGGCCUACAGACCAGUGGAAGGAGGGAACUGCGGAGAAUGCCCUGCCAGCUUCCCUCCUCUCAUAUCACUGGUGCUCAACCUCAAGUACCUCUCCCUGCAGGCUUGUGCUGAUGAUUAAAAUUUCAAGGAGAGAUGUGGGAGUUUGUGGGAGAUGAUACUUGCUGAUCCAUUAGAAAAAUGCAACACUAGGAAAAUAAGUUACAGAUCCAGAUAAAACAAGUAUAUAUGUUCCCAGCCCAGGUAUCCACUAAAUCCUACUUUUAAGAGUAUCAAGAGCUGCUCUGCUUUGGGAAACACAUGGAAUACAUGGUGGAUUCUUCUGGCCUCUGGUUUUGUUUCAUCCCACAUGCACAGUGGCAUUUGGUUUCCAGGUCAGUGGUCUUUAUGUUUAGAAAAAAAUUCUUUAGCUUCUGGCCGCUGGAAACUUGUUUGAAAGCUAGUGCAUUCAUUGCAAGAUUUAAAGAACAGCAUGGUAUUCUUCUGAUUGUAUUCCUCGACUAUAAAUAGAGGGAGAGUGUCGGUCUCCAGCCACAUGAAUUGUACAAUGUGGAAAUUCAGUGUUUAUGAACAAAUGCACAAAACCUAUCUUUUUCCCCCAUUUACUACUUUCUCUGUAUUCUACUCAAGUUGCAUCCAAUGUCACUUGCUGAAUGUAGCAUUCUGCAAGUAUUUCUAGGCUGUUCCACUAGUAUAGCUAAGAUUGUAAGAUGAAACUGUUUCAAAACUCAAGUCUGAGUUUUGCUUUGUGUUUUAAAAAAAAAAAAUCCCUACUUUGAAGGUUUGCAUGUAGCACUAUUCUUAUAUCUGAAUUACUGUUUUCCCAUGCAUUUGAUUUACGUUAAAACUGCCAUUUCAUUUUACUUGGUCAGAUGUACAUUUUAAUGUAUUGUACACCGAAUCAGUUAUUCACUGAGAUGGUACACACUAAUAUAUAUCACAAACAUAUUUUAAAAUCUUAAGUUGCUUGAUGAAUUUCUGAAUCUAACUCUUUCCCACAUUGUUUGGGGGCAUGAACAAAUCUCAGCCAUCCGUGCCUAACCUGGGUUGCGUUUUGCUAGGGCUAGCCGGAAAACAAAAACAAAAAUUCUGAUUCACAAAAAAAUUCAAGGUUUAUUGGAAACUUUGUUUUCUUUCCCUUGGAACAAAAAUGAGAACUUUUAAAAAAAAAUUUCUGUGAAAAUCACAAGGGACCCCAGUAACUAGGGCACUCACCUAGGAUGUGUGAGACAUACUUUCAAAUCCCUGUUCUGCCUAACACAGAGGAGGGACUUGAAGCUGGGUGUUUCACAUCCCACAUGGGUACCCUAACCACUCAGCUAUGGGCUAGUCUGCAGCCUCUCUCUCUGGUUUUCACCAGAAUUUCCACCCUGGACCUGAGAAUUUUCCCUGUUGCAAGUUCUUCCAAAACUGACACUUUUCCACAAAAUUUCUGUUUUGACUAAUCAGCGUUUUUGACAGGUUUUUUGUCAAAAAAUUUCAACAAGUGCUACGCUUUGCAUGUCCUCUAUGUUAAAUCUCAUAAGGUUUCCCUUGAAGUACUGUUCAGUGGAGGGAUUCUUUCAACUGGACCCAUUCACAUGUUGCACCAGCUGCCCAAUGGCAUGCCUGCCAUGGCAGACCCUCUGGUUUUAUUCUUAACACAUGCUAGAUAUUUCUAUCUUUUCUAGAUAACGUUGGAGAUCAGUUGUUGAACUUUCUGGUGAAUCUUAGCAUUUGUUAUAAAUUCAUUCCUUUUCAUAUCUACUAUCUUCUUCAAGGAAUUUGACAUCUGUCCAUGCCUUUGGUGUAUUUCCAGUUUUCACAUCCAUAUGUUAAAGUAGAAAUAAAAUUUUGAGUUGAUUUGUAGUUUUGUCUUUAAAUUGUAGAUUUUUGAUGACCAAAUCUUGUUUAAUCUUGUGAAUUCAGCUGCCAUCUUGCCAAGUUGUGAUAUUCUUUCCUUCUGGAUAUCCCCAUGGACUUGCAUGUGACUGCCAAGGUGUAUGAAUUGCUUUCCUUUGCCCUCUAACAUACUGUUUGAGUUGACAGUUACUGAAAUUCUCAUUAAUUUUCUUUUUCAUAAUUUCAUAUUUUGCAAUACUGGAGAGUGUUUUUUGCUAUUUGCUUGUAUGUUGGUUGAUCUGUCACUUAGAGCUAUGUUGUCAGCAAAAUGGAAAUCUCCCAGUCUACUGUUAAGUUAUGUGAUGCCUAUGUAGUAUCUGUCUAGUCUAUUUCUCAUAAUAAAGUCAACGGUAAUACCAAA